CGGUACAAUUUCAACGCACCAUAAAACUCAAAUCAAAGCCCAAUCACAGCAAGGAAUUCAAUUCAAUCGAAGAACAAGUUGAGUCAGCAAUGGAGAAGUCAUAUUCCAAGUUGAUCAUCUGCUUCGCCGGUUACCUCCUCCUCGCCUUUUCUCUCCUCCCGGCGCCGGCCCACGCGCUAAUGCCGUACACUCGCUCGCCGCUCCUGGAUCUGGUCUUCCCGUCGGAGGAUCCGUUCAGGAUCCUCGAACACAGCCCGCUCACGAUCCCCAAAGCGGCGGAGUCUCUGGCGCUGGCACGUGCGGACUGGAAGGAGACGGGGAAGGAGCACGUGAUCUCGCUGGACGUGCCGGGGAUGAAGAGAGAGGACGUGAAGAUCGAGGUGGAGGAGAACCGGGUGCUCCGGAUCAGCGGCGAGCGGAAAGCGGAGGAGGAGGAGGUCGGGGGGGAGAAGUGGCACCGGGCCGAACGGGCUGCGGGUAGGUUCUGGCGCCAGUUCAGGCUGCCCGGAAACGCGGACCUGGAACAAAUUGAGGCGCGUUUGGAGGACGGAGUGUUGAAGAUCACGGUUCCCAAGGUGGCGGAGGAGAAGAAGAAGCAGGCCAAGGUCAUCGACAUUGCCGGAGAUUCCGCCGCCUCCGGCGGGGAUAUAAAAGCCACCAAAGCUGAACUGUGAAGCCGCAUUAUAAUUUUUUUCCUCUUGUGAAUUUGCGUUGCCGGUAUUUUCCUUUUUCUUAAUGGUUUUGUUUGGUACGGAGAGUCGGAGAUGAUGACGACGAUGGUAGCCAGUUGCCACACAAAUCCGAAAUUCCGUACGUUGUGAUUAUUCAUGUUCAAAAAAAGUUGAGUUGUAUGAAUAAAGAAUAUUUCCUUCU